UAGACCAUGUUGCUAUACGGACUGUUUGUUUGUCUUUGUGUUCUGAGUGUUGAGUCGGUGCAGCUAAAUGUCAGUUGUCCUGUAGUCAGCCCGAGGGAGCUCGAUUGGAAAGCACUUGAUGGAAAAUGGUACAUAACAGCGGCGGCCACAGAACUUGAUUUAGAAGGGGCAGAAUGUGCCACGCUUAUGUUCAACCAUAUGAACUCUACAGAUGUCUCAAUAAGUUGGAUAUCCAAUAAUACAGCUUCCUAUUAUAAUGGAUCUGUGGUCAUCACCGUCGACCCAAAUAGUAACAGCACAACCAUAGGAGAUCUGUUAUUGAUCACUUAUACAGAUCAAAAAGCUGAAAGCUAUUCAUUCCUGGACGUGGACUACGAGCAUUAUGCUGUUCUUUUUUCAUGCUACGACAGUGAAGAUGGUAACAGCAGUACGUACGAAAUCUGGAAGUUGAUCAGAUCGCCUCAUCUGAAAGAAAGUGAUGCAAUAAAACUCGAUCAAGCAGUAGCUAACUACAGUCUGCAAGACACACCAUUUAUUAAUUUCAAUAACAACGAAAGCGCAUGCAGCACCAGUGGCACUCAAUAUUUGGAUCCGUCCACAUUGAUAUGGACCUCGGCUGUGGCUUAUACGCUGUUUCAAAGGUUGUAUUAACAGAGGGCUGUACAAUUUUUUUACUACACUACAUGUAGAACUACAUAAUUUGAAUAGUUACAGUUAUUUUAAUAAUAAAGAACCAAAUGUUGAUAAUCCCUGUUUCUAUACGCUGUUUACAAAAUUGUAUUAGCAAAGAGGUUAUUUUUUUAAUUCAACUUCUCUUAAAGCUAUAGUCUCAAGCUCAUAGUAAUUUUAUUUCUGUAUAUUCAGGUUAUUAAUAUGACAAUAUUUAAAUUUAGAACAAUAAGUAUAUAUUCUGAUAGUGUAACCAGAUAUUUAUAGUAUUAUAUUCCUAUAAGUUGCUCACAAAAUGUGUAAAAUAUUUUAUGUAAAGCUUUAAAAAUCUUAAUAUUAAAGCACAC